UAUAACAUCUAUCUAUCAUCAUCAUCAUCCUCAUCAACUCCUAGCCGAAAUCUCAAGUACUACCCAUUGUUCGGUGAAAUCAUAUAUCUCCAAAAUACAUCAUAGAAAAUGCUUGCCUCAUUCAUCACUGGCCUCUUGGCCUUCACCACCCUCACCAUCUCAUCCCCCGUUCCAGUCGCUAAGCGCGACACUGGAGAACUCUAUAUCCUCGCCAACUGCUACAACAAUGUUACAUCUGCUUCCUACGCAUCCGCCUUCUGGUAUUACCCAGACUUUCUUCCCGACUUCCCAGAACCGCAAGCUGUUGCUGUUAUCAGCGCCAAAAAAGCUGUUACCUUCGAAGGACUCUCAGUUGCCACCAAAACACCAUUCAGAUUGACAACCACUAUCCCAAAGAACGCAAAGUCAGCAGCUUAUCAAGCGAUUGUUGCAUCAGCUACAAUUAGCAGUUUUGCCGGCCCAGCUGCAGCGGUUAAAGGAACUGGAUUGGUUUUCUAUAGCCCAUCAACAGAUGUUAACUGCUACAAUGAAUAUUAUGUCAGAGAUGUAAGUUUGCCAUACGCACCCUACCUGAAUGACAAAAAAGCUAAUGAGUUGAUAACAGAACCAAACUGAAGAAGACCCAUGAGCUUUUUGUAUCACACAACAAUGAGCGGAGAGAAAGAUACGUGUAGGGCUUGAAUAGAAAGGGAUUGAUAGAGAAAUGACUACUCUUGCGAAUAACAAGAUUAGAUGGAUUAAUGAAUAAAUGAUGACUACAGAUUACUGCACGGAAAAUGGGGGACGACAGCAGGAACAAUGUUAACGACUAAUUCGAUAAUUAGGAUACAAAUAAAAAUAAGACGAUUCUCUUCUAGCACGCAC